AUGUGGGGCCGGGGGCACUUCACUAGAGCUUCCGUGAUGGACGGUGCGAGUUUUUCAGGAAUUACCAAGAUGGAUGAAGAUCCACAUUACAAUAAAGUUGAAGAUGUUGUCGGAAGUCAUGUAGAAGAUGCUGUGACAUUUUGGGCACAGAGUAUCAAUAGAAAUAAGGAUAUUGUGAAGAUUGGUUGCUCAUUGUCUGAAGUUUGUCCCCAUGCCAACUCUGUUUUUGGGAAUCUUGAUUCAAAGAAGAUUUAUGGGGGAUUGUUUUCUGAAGAUAAAUGUUGGUACAGAUGCAAAGUACUGAAAGUAAUCAACGAUGAAAAGUGUCUGGUGAGGUACGUUGACUAUGGAAAUACUGAAAUCCUAAAUCGAUCUGAUAUAGUGGAGAUUCCGGUGGAGCUGCAGUUUCCCAGUGUUGCUAAAAAGUACAGACUCUGGGGACUCCAAAUUCCUUCUGGCCAAGAAGUUACCCAGUUUGAUCAGGGCAGAACCUUUUUAGGGAGCUUGAUUUUUGAAAAGGAAAUAAAAAUGCGAAUUAAAGCAACCUAUCAAGAUGGGACAGUCAUUGCCCAAGCUGAAUAUGGAAAUGUGGACAUAGGGGAAGAGGUGGCUAAGAAAGGAUAUGCAGAAAAAUGCAAACAAGCUUCUAGCAUUAAUAUCUGUGAGGAAAAGAAGUCGGAUGCUGGCCAGCUUCCUCUCCGGAACCUCAAGAGUCCCAUUCCCUUGUGGGGGCAUAGAUCAAGCCAGUCAUCCUUCAGCAGGCCAAAGGGACGCUCUAGUGGAAGGCUGCCUCUGGACUUGAAGAUGGAAAAUAAUACAGGAAAUCACAUGACAUUUCCAAACAAGCAAGAUUGUGUUUGCACAUCUCAGGCUUUCCUCCAGUCCUGCUGCCACAUUCUUACUCAAGAGAAAGCAACUACUAUGGAUUUGACCAAAAAUUUAGAAAGCACCCUGAAGACUUGUGUUGGGACCAGAAUGAAGGAGCUAGCAACUAAAGUUGAGUUAUUGAAAGGAGUUAGGCAUGUGAACACCAGUGUUCGCUUUGGAGAUGACCUUUCAGCUGCUGUACAGCUGUUGGAUGCAGGGUGCUUACCUGCCCCAGCUUCUUUGAAUGAACUCGAGAGAAUUUGGGCAGAAUACAAUCUGGCUCAGGAGAAGAUUCAAGCAUGUCAAAAUGUGAAUGAAGGGAAUAUUUUGAUUGCUAGAAGAAAUGAAGUACAACAGAGGCUAUACACAGCUGUAAAAGUGUUCAUCUUGGAAGUAGAUGAAUUACCUCUUAAUAAACGCUUGGAAACAUUGCAGGAUUUGUCAGCCUCCUUAGAAGCAGUGUAUGGACAGACCAAGGAAGGGAUAUUCUGUGAAGAAGUACUUAAGAAAUUUUAUGAAUGGAAAUGUGGUAAACUAGAGGAGUUCACCAGUGUUAGAAGUGAAACUCAGGUUUCUUUACAGCGCCUUGUAGCAUGGUUCCAUACCACCACAAAGGUUUUUGAUCUAAGUGCGGAAGGAUCAUUUACGGCUGAAGACACAAUUGAUAAUAUUGAUGAAAUCCUAGAGAACACUGAGGCAUGUAUCUGCAAAGAGCUGGAAAUGUCUCUGAUUGAUCAAGGUGAUGCAGACAAGGAGAUCAUUUUAAAUACAUAUAAUCAAGUACUGCAAAGGAUUCAUUCAGAAGAAAAGCUCAUUGCCACAAUACAGUCCAAGUACAAGGAGAGUGUUGAGUUUAAGAAGCAGAUUAGUGAAUGGUUAAAUAAAAGUCCUAGUGUGGAUCACUUGCUGUCCAUUAAGAAGACACUGAAAGGCUUAAAAGCUCGACUAAGAUGGAAAUUGGUUGAGAAGAAUAAUUUGGAAGAAUCUGAUGACCCUGAUGGAUCUGAAAUUGAGAAAAUAAAACAAGAAAUAAUUCAGUUGCACAAUAGUGUUUUCCAGGAAAUUUACCAUGAGCAAGAAGAAUAUGCGAAGCUGAAUAGCUUGGUACAGCAAUGGUUUCCUGAGCUGCCUCUACUUCAUCCUGAAAUAGGAUUACAUAAAUACAUGAACUCUGGUGGUCUUCUCACUCUGAGCUUGGAACGGGAUCUUCUUGAUGCUGAGCCCUUGAAGGAACUUAGCAGCAAGCGUCCUCUGGUAUGUUCUGAGGUUAAUGGGCAGGUGAUUCUUUUAAAGGGCUAUUCUGUGGAUGUUGACACAGAAGCCAAGGUGAUUCAGAGAGCAGCAGAGUAUCACAGAGCUUGGAGAGAAACUAGAGAAGAAUCCGGGUUACUACCAUUGAUAUUCCUGUUUUUGUGUAAGUCUGACCCUAUGGCUUAUCUGAUGGUCCCAUACUACCCGAGGGCAAACCUGAGUGCCAUUCAAGCCAGUACACCUUUAACACCAGAAGAGACUGCAAAGGUCAUGAAAGGUGUGGCGCAGGGCCUGCGUACAUUACACAAGGCUGGUAUAAUCCAUGGCGCACUGCAUCAGAAUAAUGUGUUUGCUUUAAAUCGUGAACAAGGAAUUGUUGGAGACUUUGACUUCAGCAAAUCUGUGAGCCAGCGUGCUUCAGUGAACAUGAGGAUUGGUAAUUUGAGUUUGCUGUCGCCUGAGUUGAAGAUGGGACAACCUGCCUCUCCAGGUUCAGACUUGUAUGCUUAUGGCUGCCUUUUAUUGUGGCUCUCUGUUCAAAGUCAGGACUUUAAGACAAAUGAAGAUGGAAUCCCAGACGUGGAUCCGUUUAAUCUGGAUGAGCAUGUCAAGUCCCUCCUUUUUAGCUUGAUUUCUUGUAGAAGCUCAGUAACGGCUGAUCAAGUUUUGAAUGCUGAAUACUUUUUGCCUCCAAAGGUGGCAAACACAUUUCCAAAUGCAGUAAAAGAUACUGGAUGUACUGAAUAUAUAGAGGAAGAAGAAUUCAAGAUGGACAACUUGAAUAACUAUAAGGAAAAGACAAAAAUUGAUGAAGCCAACAACUUUGAAGGAUAGAUUGCUGUUCUAUUUUUUGUUGCAGAUGUUUAUUUUAAAAAACUGUUUAGUUUGGUUAAAUAGAGAAGAAAAAGAAAAGAAAUCUGGAACUGUUCUGGAACCAGUUGGUUGUGUUUUGGUAAUUAGGUUGUGAAAAAUAAAAGAUGUUU